AUGUUGUCCCGGGUUGAUCUUCCUCUUGUCCUGUUGCUGUCCUCUUGGGCGGCUGCUUCCCGUGUGGUGAGGAAACAGCACGAUGGUGCCAGGACCUUCCCGGCCAGUGAAUGUGGCAACCCCUGCACCGUCGAAUUCGAGUCGAUCACCACCACUGUGACGGUGGCGCCCCCAGACCAAACGGUCUCGGUGGAAAGCUUGACCGAGGAUCUCACCUUCACAUUCUCCCCGCUCACCACAGUCGCAGUGGUCGGACCAGCGGCCCAAACAUUCCCCAACGAUGAUCCCUCUGCCACCCCGACCAUCACUCUCCAUCCGCUGGAUCUAGGCGCCGUGUCCCUCCUCGGCGAGGAGAAAAAGGGCGUUAAGGAUGUCGCGAACGCCCUUGAUGAUCCUGUGGGCGCCGUUACAGACCAUGUGACCGGUAAGAAAGGUUAUGUCCUGCCGCUGGAAGUAGCAAUCGAGGUCACGAAAUAUCGCGUACCGUCGCAGUAUAGUCCUUACCAAUUGAGCGGCAAUUCUGCCCUGGUCACAUUGGCCCAGUUGACGGGUCAGACAAUGGAUCAACUCAAGCAACAAGCGCAAUCAGUGGUGGGGGAUUCAAACAAGGGCAUUACGACGGAUCAUCUGAAAGGCCUCCUCGAUAAAACGGGUCGAAACUACCGGCUGGAAGAGUAUGACACUCAAGGACCGUGGGACUUCCCCGCAUUGGCGAGCCAGCUCAGCGUUCCUGACGGUCAGAUCGGGCUAUGCUACGCCCGGGAUGAUUUCACAGGGAACUGUGUCGUAUAUUACGACGGCACACUCAAGGACUACCAGGCUGGUACUAAUGCGCCCGAGUUUACCAAAGACAAGGACACGCCAGUCUGGGAGUUGAUCGGUGAGCGCAAUCUCAAAAGCCCGGAGGGACGUGAUGCUUCGGUCAUAUCAUAUGUCUUUGCCGUCUUGGAGGAGCAUAAGGACCAAAAGGACCAAAAGGAGGAGUCUUAA